AUGAAGUUUUGGGGCUUGACAAUUGUUUCCCUAUUGUUGUUCACCAUUCAAGGAGGCUCAGCAGAGCAAUGUGGAAGACAAGCUGGGGGUGCUCUGUGUCCAGGAGGUCAGUGCUGCAGCAAGUACGGCUGGUGUGGCACUACACCUGAUUACUGCAACAACGAAUGCCAAAGCCAAUGCUCAGGCAGCGACACCGGUGGCGGUGAUAUUCCGAUCUCAAGGUCUACUUUCGACGAGAUGUUUAAGCAUCGAAAUGAUUGCCCUAGCAAGAGCUUUUAUUCCUAUGAUGCUUUCAUUGCUGCAGCCAAAGCCUUCCCUGGCUUUGGUACCACCGGUGAUGAUGCCACCCGGAAAAAAGAGAUUGCUGCUUUCUUAGCCCAAACCUCCCAUGAAACUACCGGAGGAUGGAACGGUGCACCAGAUGGUCGACAUGCUUGGGGAUACUGCUUUGUUACAGAACAAAACCCGGGAAGUGAUUACUGUUCUUGGGAUUAUCCAGAUUAUCCAUGUGCUUCGGGACGAAAAUAUUUCGGUCGUGGUCCAAUUCAACUUUCAUGGAACUACAACUAUGGUCAAUGUGGAAGAGCAAUAGGAAUAGAUUUACUGAACAACCCAGAUCUUGUUGCCUCGGACGCUGUGAUUUCAUUCAAGACAGCAAUCUGGUUCUGGAUGACUCCGCAGUGGCCGAAGCCCUCUUGCCACGAUGUGAUCACGGGAAGAUGGAGUCCUUCUAGUGCCGAUUGGGCAGCCGGUCGAGCUCCUGGUUAUGGUGUCAUUACCAACAUCAUCAAUGGCGGACUUGAAUGUGGUAAAGGUUGGAACGACAAGGUGGAUGAUCGCAUUGGAUUCUAUAAGAGGUAUUGUGACCUUCUUCAUGUUGGUUAUGGGGAUAACCUGGACUGCUACAACCAGAGGCAUUUCGGAUCUGAAAUCUUGGUGGACACCAUGUGAACAUAAUAAUGGAAAAGGUUUCAUAUGUUAGUUUUAGUAAUAUUAUUGUCGGGGUGCUCGAUCGAUCUAUGUCUUACCCCUUUUUUUUG